GUUUACCCCGCCCAAAAGCCAUUACGUUAGUUUCCGACGUUGCUUCAAGUCUGAAUCGAAGUAGGCUAGCUAGAUAUCGCCGAGCGUACUUUCCAUAUUUCUCUAUGUUCAAAUAAAUAUUCUGUACAUAGAUAGUCUUGUAAAUGUAUUAUUUUUAUUUUUUUAAUAAUCCGAAAAUAAUUUUCAUAGCAAUCAACGACAACUGUUGGAUCGAAAUCUUCGCCUCAUCCAGCGUUUAUAAAUCAAGCGAAUAGCUACUUGCUAGCGAUUUAGCGGCUACCUUAGCUAUCUAAUCGGUUAGGGAGCUAACAAGUGACAAUUCACAAAGGUAAACAAACCAACAGCUAGAAGUUGAAGGGUGGGAUGUGGAUAUAAUUUAUGUAACCUGCCGUGUUUUUUGCAAAAUGGACCAUGGAGGACCUUUGCAACGCGAGGACUGUAAUAUCGUUUAACGAGAUGAGAAAUACAGCGACAUUCCAAUAGCAACGUCGCUACUGAAAAACAAUACCAAUCCUGAAUCCCUCGUCCAUUUACAUGGUGAAAGCCACCCGUAAAGGCCUGGUGUUAGUUUUUAAGAUAGCUAACUGCCCCUAGACCAUCAAAUCCACCUUUGUGCAGUAGACUGCAACAGCCCGUGCCCUGGAAACGUCACCGUUGUCACAGGAUUUGGAUAAUGCUGACACUGAUGCACCUGAGAGAGAACCCUCCUUCUGUCUGACACAACGAGCUGGAUUUAACACGCCCUCCCCUCAGUACCCCCAUCUCCUGCACCUGAACCAUGUGAGGGCCCCUCGCUCUACUUUGAGGGGAUCCCAGGACUGUUGUGUAAAAGCAGCCGCUGAGCGGGGCCAGAGUGAGCCUGUGUGUGAGCAAGCAGUCUUCCCCCUAACCCCCCACCCACAUAUUCACGCCCCCCUUCCCGUUGGGAACGCGCCAUGAUGUUCCGAGACCAGGUGGGCAUCCUGACGGACUGGUUCAAGGGCUGGAACGAGUGUGAGCAGACGGUGGCGCUUCUUUCCUUGCUGAAGAGAGCGUCUCGUACCCAGGCCCGCUUCCUGCACAUCUGCCUGGAGCACUGGCUGGCAGACUGCACUGAGAUCCACAUCCUGGAGGCUGAGGCCAACAAUGCAGACAUUGUGAGCCAGUGGCACCAGGAGCCCAUGGAAAAGGCGGUGUCCCUGCUGCUGUCCCACCUACCCCUGCUGCAGCCCCGCAACAGCGAGGCCAAGUGUGAGUACAUGAAGCUGCUGCAGAAGGUGCUGAGCUAUACCAUCGAGAGCAGCCUGUUUGUGGAAGAGAGCAGACAGCUGCUGUCCUACGCCCUCAUCCACCCGGCCACCACCCUGGACGACCGCACCUCGCUGGCCAUGUGGCUCAACCACCUGGAGGAGCACCUCUCCAGCGGCUACCCAGCGCCCUCCUCCCGGCCCCCCUACCACCCCCGCCAGGGUUCAGAUGAGUGGCCGGGCUCCGCGGAGGGCCUGGACCCUGGCCACGGCUGGCUGGACAAGCCCCCCUCCUCCAGCUCCUCCCCUGCAGGGCAGAAUGGACACAUGUCUUUCCAGGGUGGGAUGCUCUCGCCCAUCAACAGCAACAACGCAGGCAUGGGUCAGAUGGGCCAGCCCAGUCCUCUGAAGAGGUCCUUGUCCCUGAUCCCCUCCAGUCCCCAGGUCUGUGGCGCAGAUUGGCUGAGCCAGGACGAUCUGGGGGGACGACAGGCCUUUGACCACGCGCCCCUGUCCCCCCAGAGUAGUGUUGCAUCCUCAGGCAGCGAGCAGACUGAGGACCAGGGCUCCAGAAACACCUUCCAGGAGGACGGCAGUGGCAUGAAAGAUGUGCCCAUGUGGCUGAAGAGCCUUCGUCUUCAUAAGUACGCAGCACUUUUCUCCCAGAUGACUUAUGAGGAGAUGAUGAUUCUGACAGAGCACCACCUGGAGUCACAGGUUUGUCAUCGUUUGUCACAGAAUGUGACCAAAGGUGCGCGGCACAAGAUAGCCCUGAGUGUCCAGAAGCUGCGAGAGAGGCCAAGCGUUCUCAAGUCUUUAGAGAAGGAUAUACUGGAGGGGGGCAACCUGCGUAACGCCCUACAGGAGCUACAGCAGAUUAUCAUCACCCCCAUCAAGGUCUACAGCUACAGCCCUCCCAGUGUUUCCCACAGAGAUAUGGAGCGGACUGGAUCCCCCUCAGAGCACUCCAACCCUGGGGAGGACAAGGACCUGGCCCAGGAGGGCUUCCACAACCCCCCUCCCUGCGACGGGGAGUCCUCAGCCACACCCAUCUCAGACCGCGACAUUGCUGGCCAGUUCACGCGUGUCAUGGGUAAAGUGUGCACUCAACUACUGGUGUCCAGGCCGGAUGAGGAGAAUAUCAGCUGUUACCUGCAGCUCAUUGAGAAAUGUCUGACACAUGAGGCUUUCACAGAGACUCAGAGGAAGAGACUGGUCUCCUGGAAGCAGCAGGUUCUCAAACUGCUCCGCCUGUUCCCAAGAAAAGCCAUGCUGGACAUGCCUGUGUACCGACAGAAAGGCUGGGCAUAUGGUUCCAACUCCCUCCCCACAGCAGGCUCUGUGAGUGCUGGGGGUCUGGCGCGUAGGGGGCAGAGGUCAUUCCAGAUGCCCCCUCGUGGCCUCACUGCCGGGCGCAUGGGUCUCCUGAGUCCAGGUGGCAUCGGGGUGGCCUCCCCACGCCACACCCUCACCAGCCCCACACUGCCAGGCCACGGCAGACAGAACCUAUGGUUUGCCAACCCUGGGGGCAGCAACAGCAUGCCAAGCCAGAGUCGCAGCUCUGUGCAACGGACCCACUCACUCCCUGUCCACACCUCCCCGCAAACCAUGCUCCUGUUCCAGCAGCAAGAAUGCCAAGUUCCAGGUGCAGACCUGGAGAUCAACCCCACCCUGGAGUCACUGUGCCUCAGUAUGACAGAGCAUGCCUUAGGGGAUGGAAUGGACCGAACAUCAACAAUAUGAAAUUAAAAGCAGUGAAAGGAAGAAACCAAACUGACACUUCACUUCAACUGAGGCCUGUUCAGUUCCUCUUGCCCAGCACAAAAAUAUAUGCUUAAAAAAGAAAGCGAAAUGGUCACUACAAAACGACAACUAACAGUGUAUAUGUUCUCUGAUAUUUUUCUACUUUAUUAUACUUAACUGAGUUUAUUAUAAAUGGAAUACAGAUGACUAUUAUAUUACAGGAGGGAGAAGAGGUUACUUGUGCAACUUGCUCAAUGUCUUCUGCAGGACUGUGACAUUAAAAGGAGCAGAUUGAUGCUCUGAGUGUUGAGCUUUGAGAGGAACAUGGAGGAUUGGUGCUGUCUUAAGGGGGUUCUAACUUCAAUGUUUCUCCCCUUUUCCUCC